UUUCUCUUCCUCAAAAGUUUUCUAUUUUUUUUUUCUUUUUCAUUAAUUUCUUCCGCAAAAUGGAAAACGACAAUGUCGUUUUUAGAAACGGAAACCCCGUUCUCGUCGCUCAGCCUCUCACCGUCGUCCGCGCCCGAACCAGCACCGGCGGCGGCGCUCGUGUUCUUGCAACGCCGCCGAAUCAAAACCCUAACUCCGACGAGUCUGAUGCAUGCAAAGCUUCGAUCAUCAAAGUCAAAGACGAACCGCGCGAAUUUGAAGAUGAGGCAAAAUCUGUCACCGUCGCUUUUCAACCUCCGGCGGCGGAGACGGUGGUGGAGUGUAAGACGGAAUCUGAUGAACGACGUUCGAUGCUUGCGUUCGAUGAUUUUUUGAAAGCUACGAACACGAAAGUUGCUUCUGUUGAUGAAUCGUUGAAAUCAAUGGAAGCUGAAUCAACGAUUCAAAUGAAGGUAGAAAGUUCUGAUGUUGAUGUAGUUUUUGAGACGCAAGAAUCGGUGAAAUCAAUGGAAGAAGUUCCUAAUCUCAAUGUGGUUUGCGAUACACAAGAAUCGGUUAUGGCUGAACCGGUUAAGGUUGAACCGGUUAAGGUUGGACCGGUUAAACAACCAACAUUGGCUGAACCGGUUUGUGCAGAGAAGAAAACCGUUUGUGAUGAUGAAGUGGAAGUGUUGAAGGUGGUGAAGGGGAAAGAAGCUGUGAGUGAUGAAGUUAGGGUUUUGAAGGUGGUGAAGAAGGAGGUAGUUGAAGAGAAGAAGAUCCAGAUUCCGAAUCUUGAGGAUGGUGAGUUUCCUGUUGAGCCUGGGUGGUCAUUGUUGGGAAGGAAGAUUGAGAUUGCUACUUCUACUGCUAAAGGAGUGAGAAGAUUGGUGGAUAAUGAGAUUAUUUAUUUUGAUUUUCCGAAUCCGCAUACGUCGUAUAAGUUUCAAUGGAUCGUUCGUGUCUCCACAAAGCGUUCUGGAGUGGUUGGGAGGCUGCCAAUGGAAUGGGCUAAAUCUGUGAUUCCCCUUGUGCAAUCUGGAAAUGUUAAGGUUCGAGGACGAUGCAUUGCUACACCGUAUAAGCUUGAAAUGAUGCAGGAAAUAAUGUUGUUAGUGAGUUUUUAUGUUCAUCACUCUGUAUUUUCCGAGUCUGUUGAUACCUCUUGGAGACUAGAGGCUUGUGGUAAUGUUAACUCUGCUGCAUAUCCACUGCUUACACUGUUAAAUAUGCUAGAGAUUGAGCCAUAUAGGAAGGCUGAUUUCACCCCUGAGGAAAUGAAGGCUCGAAAGCGGGUGCUUAAACUUGACUCAGAUGAAGUUUCAGUAAUUCCUGUCAAUAAGCGAAGAAAAGGUGUCAGUGAGCCACUUCCAGCAACAACUGAGGAUGAACAAGCACUUUCGGAGUCAGCUUUGAACAAACUUGUUGGAGCUGCAGAAGUCUUUGACCUGGAGGAGAAGGAAGCCCCAAAGACACUGAUGUGUAGUCUAAAGCCUUACCAGAGUCAAGCUCUGUAUUGGAUGACAAAAAUUGAGAAGGGAGGUGAUGAUGAAAAUGCUGAGAGAAAUCUACAUCCUUGCUGGUCAGCCUACAAUAUAUGCAAUGGGAGGUCAAUAUACGUCAACAUAUUUACUGGAGAGGCAGCAAAGAAAUUUCCACAAGCAACACAGAUGGCAAGAGGAGGAAUUUUGGCAGAUGCAAUGGGACUUGGAAAGACCGUUAUGACAAUUGCACUGAUUCUUAGUAAUCCAGGCAGGUUGAAGUCAGAAGACAGUGAUGGAGAGAGCGUAUAUGACAAUAUUUUUUCAGCUAAGAGGAGAAAUGUUGACCCAUCGUCUAAUUUAGAAGGUGGCACUUUAAUUGUUUGUCCUAUGGCGUUGUUGGGUCAGUGGAAGGAUGAACUUGAAACGCACUCAAAACCAGGCAGCAUAUCCAUAUUUGUUCAUUAUGGUGGGGGAAGAACCAGUAAUCCUGAUUUGCUGUUAGACUAUGAUGUUGUCUUGACAACUUAUGGUGUCCUAUCAGCUUCUUAUAAAAGUGAAAGAGAGAAUAGCAUCUACCACAGGGUCCAAUGGUACAGAGUGGUACUAGACGAAGCUCAUCAUAUAAAAUCCCAUAAAAGCCAGGUUGCUGAGGCUGCUAUUGCUCUAUCGUCGCACUGCCGCUGGUGUCUAACUGGAACACCACUUCAGAAUAGCUUGGAAGAUCUAUUCAGUCUCUUGUCUUUCUUGCGUGUGCAACCUUGGUGCAGCUGGCAGUGGUGGACUAAGUUGGUUCAAAAGCCCUAUGAGCAGGGUGAUCAAAGAGCCCUAAAAUUGGUCAAGGGAAUUUUGAGGACAUUGAUGUUAAGGAGAACUAAGGAAACAAAGGAUAAAGAAGGAAGGCCUAUACUUGUCCUGCCACCAACUGAUAUUCAAUUGAUUGAGUGUGAGCAGUCAGAAUCUGAACGGGACUUCUAUGAUGCUCUCUUCCUGAGAGCUAAAGUCCAAUUUGAGCAGUAUGUUGCACAAGGAAAGGUUCUUAACCACUAUGCAAAUAUCCUUGACUUACUAAUGCAGUUGAGACGGUGCUGCAACCAUCCGUUUUUGGUCAUGAGUGGAAGUGAUACUGCCAAGUAUGCAGACUUGAGCAGACUUGCAAGAAAAUUCCUCGAGUCUCAUACUGAAUCAUCUGAUAUGUGCUGCGAAAGUGAUGCACCACAAAAUGCAGAAUUGAAUAAACUUGCUAGUAAUUUCCUACAGAAUUCUGCUUCUACUUCAAACCCUAUCCAAUCUCGUGGAUACAUCGAUGAGGUUUUGGGGCAUAUUCAAAAGGGUGAAAGUGUCGAAUGUGCUAUAUGCAUGGAAUCACCAGAUGAUCCUGUUUUUACACCAUGUGCACAUCAGUUUUGCAGAGAAUGCCUAUUCAAUUGUUGGGGUACCUCAAUGGGUGGUAAGUGCCCAAUCUGCCGUCAAAUACUCAAGAAAAAUGAUCUUAUUGUACUUCCAUCGGAAAGCCCGUUCAAGGUUGAUAUUGAGAAUAAUUUGACGGAGUCCUCAAAGGUUUCUAAGCUCUUUGAUUUCUUAGAAAAUAGUCAGAAAUAUUCUGAUGAAAAAAGUAUUGUUUUUAGUCAAUGGACUUCAUUUUUUGAUCUGUUGGAGAAUCCAUUGAGGAGGAGAGGGAUAGGAUUCUUAAGAUUUGAUGGAAAGUUGACUCAGAAGCAGAGAGAAAAAGUUCUGAAAGAAUUUAACGAAACAAAAGAGAAAAGGGUUUUGUUGAUGUCACUAAAAGCUGGUGGUGUAGGCUUGAACUUGACUGCAGCCUCAAAUGUUUUCCUAAUGGAUCCAUGGUGGAAUCCUGCAGUUGAGGAGCAAGCAAUAAUGAGGAUUCAUCGUAUUGGGCAAAAGCGAAGGGUUACUGUAAGAAGAUUCAUUGUGAAGGGAACAGUGGAAGAUCGGUUGCAACAAGUGCAAGCCAAGAAACAGAAGAUGAUAUCUGGUGCUCUCACUGAUGAUGAAGUUCGAACUUCCAGGAUUCAAGACCUCAAAAUGCUUUUCUCAUGAAGCUGAUCUAUCAUUUAGUAUUUUUUUUCUUAAUUUAUUUAAGUCUUAUUGUCUUUUAGAUCUAGAACUAGAAUGAAGCUCACAUUGUAUAGGUGGUAGCAUUCAACUUAAUGGCUUCAUUAUCAUUUUGAGUACUUUUUUAUGUUAUGGUGUGUGAUCCAAAUUCUGGGAAAAAACAAAGCACACAGUUUUGGAAUUUUGGCGGUACUACCGGUUAAAGUAAAAGCGGGUACUUUUGCUUGUUUUUGUAAAUGCAGCCUAUCGUUAAUGAAAGAGUAUGUUUUGGUUUAA